ACGUCACCAGGAAACGUUUUCAAAACAACCAGAUGUAGCUUUUACGUUUCAGCGUGCAGACACAGUGCCUUUUAACUGUAGACUAUAGAAAUGUGCGAAAACAAAAACACACAGCACUGGUCUUCAGAGGAAACCAGCGUGCUGCUUGCGAUAUGGUCUUCCACGGAGAUCCAGAAGAAACUGGGGAGCUCCGCAAAGAAGAAAAGAGUUUACGAUGAGAUAAGCCAGGAAAUGCUGAACGGGGGCUUCAGUCGCUCGACCGAGCAAAUCGAAAAUAAGUUAAAGAAGCUCAGAAAGGAGUACAGGGACCUGAAAAGGAAACCGAGUGAGAGUGAUAGUGGGCAGAUUAGUAAAACAUUCGACCACGAAGUUAUGGAGUCUGUGCUGGAGCAUGGACCAAGCAGUCAUCUGACUGGGGCCUUUAAUUCAGCGACAGACACUCUUGAGAAAAACGCGGACUUCGUUGCGUUUUCUGUAACCGAGCUAGGUAGCAAAAUAUCUGAGCCCAAAACAGCACAGCACUGGUCUUCAGAGGAAACCAGCUCGCUGCUUGCGAUAUGGUCUUCCACGGAGAUCCAGGAGAAACUGGGGACGCAUAAAAGAAAGAAAAGAGUGUAUGACGAUAUAUGCCAAGAGAUGGUAAACGUUGGGUUUACUCGUACAACCGACCAAAUCAUUAACAAGCUAAAAAAACUUAAACAUAAGAGGGUGUUCAGGGACAAUAAGAAGGAGAAAAGUAAAAGUAGCAGCCAAUGGAGCGAUAAAACCAUUAACUAUGAUGUUAUGGACUCUGCGCUGGAACGCCUACCGUCAAGUCAAUUUACUGAAGCAUUAAAUUCAGCAACAGCAAUGCUUGAAACGAAUACAGAAUCGGCGUCUUCUAUAGCUGAUCUCAACUCUUCACUUGAGGAGGUGCUGGACAAAGCUGAACCGUCCUUCAGCUCCUCUCAUCCCCAGCAAAGAAAGUCUCUAGGAACAAACAGAAUAACGAAGAAAGAUUCAAACCAGGAGCUGCUGGAAUACUUGAAAACCGCUGACGAACGGUUUAUGGCUCACGCCAAAGAACUUAAUACUGCCAUUCUUAAUAAAAUGGACGAAGCUACGAAUUCUAUGCUGGGACUACUGGGACGCAUGGUAGCAAUAAUGGAGGAACAGCAGGGAAACAAGCCAUGAACACUGGAUUCCUUUUGCAGCCUUAAUUGUUGAAAAAGUUGAAGCGAGACUCAAAUGGAACCUUAAGUUACUUUAUUGAUAUACAUUCCAGAUUUCAUUUGGAAUUGUUUUGUGCAUUUUAUUAUAGCAUUUUUCUUUUAUUAAUCCGCCUUCAAAAUAUAAUUGGGUUUUAUGAUUGACAACAUCAACUCUUCCCCGUCAUCCACCUAUCAUAUAGAGACCACGACCAGCUAGUGUAGCAAACACUGAUGUGUUUGACAGGAGCAAAGGUGAAGCCAUCACGGCACAAACUCAAACUCUCUUCAUGACUUUGAUUAAAAGGCCCCAGAUGGAAGAAAGAGCAACCGAUCUCACAAACACACACGAUGUCAGUCAAGAAAACAAUGAAAGUUCAAGAGCUUGACUGAGGCCUGACCAUCAGAUUUCUCGGAAUAAAGGCAGAGUUAUUGCCCAAUAUUAAAAUUUGCUUCAAAUAACAUGGUGUUAUUUUUUGCGUUCUAUGGUUUCUACUUUCUACACAGACAUUACAACACUAAUUUACAUUCUGUGCAUGCUGACAUAACCUGAAAAAAAAACCAAUGCGGU